AUGCCUUCAACCAAAAUUGCAGCCGCUACUCGAAAUGGCGAUGACUUUCGACUAUUUGAUAAAACAUCUGACACUAUAUUAAGGACUCGUGACCUCUGCACACUUGGCCUUGGUCUUGGCUGUAUCCUGUCCCUGACGCUUAUACUGACAGGGUCGUUGAUAAUAAAUGCCAAAGGCGUCAAGGCACCGGUAAAUCUUACGAGACUGGAGUUCAUGAGCAACUUCUACUCCCACUUUUACCGCCCCGGAGACUCGAUUCCAACAUUUCAACGUAUUUGCCAACUUCCUAAGGGAAUUUCUGUGCUGUUGACUCUGUUGUUAAAUCUUCUCGUUACCGCGGUCCUUGACUCAAUUAAUUAUAUCCAAGCUAUGACUCUCAGAUGGACCCUCUUCCAUGAAAAUCGAAUGAAAUUCAACUCAAAGAUCCGAUUACUGACGUGCUCUAAGAGUAAUGGCCCAAAUAGCUGGUAUUUUAACAUAAUAUCUGGCAUUGCGCUGGCAAUUUCUCAUGGAGCAAUGUCAUCGAUCAUGAGGGAUGCGAAUAUUGAAGGUCGUCUGGAGAAAGGAGAUUUUCACAAAGUUUCAUCCUCUUCAAAUUUCGUUAUUUUCAACCUCAUCGCUAUCAUCGCUUUAGGAGUUGGAAUUCUUAUUCAAGUCUGCAUUUCUACAUAUAGUCUGCUAUACAAAGGCAUGGUUCUGACAUGGAGUAACAAUCUCCUUGCAAACGCGACGGCUCUACAUCAAGCUCAAGGAUCCCAAGUCAAAGAUUCUGUAAUGCUUCCAGCCAUCAAAUCACAAGACUCCAUGCUCAAGGUUGCACCACAGAUUUGGGUUACUCGUUAUUUGAUGUGGGGACUUUGUGGAAUCUUCAGCAUCUGGUCUCUUGGACAAGGGAUAUUUGUUCAUCUUAAUGACUACCCGAUGCAUAGUAAAAUUAAGUGGGACCCUUCUCCGUUGCGCUACUGGAAGUUCUACGGUGCCAUGUGGACGAACUUUUACAGUAUAUCUGAUACUGAUAAUCUAACAGCCUUAUUGGGCCUUCUUGUUCAAGUCAUAUUGCAAUCGUUCCUCGCAUUCGCCUUACACUGCCUGGAGCUGUUGUUCAAUCUAUCACGCGAUGAAGCCGUAUGGCGCAACAUGGAGACAGUUGGGUCAAGCCCAAAUCCUUCUGCCAUCUCCAACUUGAGCCGAUAUGGUUUCAUGCUUACCUUCAUCAAAGCCAGCAUCCACUGGAUUUUCGGUUAUGCCUUAUCGGCAGACUUGACAUUCAAUAUCUCUCUUCUUCCAAUAAUAGCUCUAGCCGUGGUAUUCAUGCUCCUGACCGGUUACACGGAGUACAUGAUUAGGACAAAUCCCAAAGGGAGUAUUCCCACGACAUACGGAAAUUUUCAAGGGGUUCUGGGUUUAGUGGAUGAAUGGAAUCACCCGCGGUUAUUCUGGGGAGAUAAGGGCGAACUUGGACCGGGAUUACGGCGCGCUGGCACGGCUGGGGAGGCAUUGCCUGAUUUACAAUCCGGCAAACUUUAUUGUUGCUUUCAGGGAAUCGAAUAUGAGAGAGAUAAAAGAAUUCUCAAUUUGAAGGAGGAUUAUAUAUCCCAGCAGGAUCCUGAUUUAGCGAUUGAGGUGGGAAUAGAGUCGACAAGCUUGUGA